CUCACAUAGUCAUAGAGAAUAAAAAAAUAAAAAUGACUUCGCUUACAUCUAAGUACGAUGUCUUUCUAAGUUUUAGAGGAGACGACACUCGCCGCACCUUCAGCAGCUUUCUCUACAAGGAAUUGGUUCGAAGGAACAUACGAACUUUCAAAGACGACAAAGAGCUGGAGAUUGGUCAGAGGAUUUCCCCGGAGCUUGAUCGCGCCAUCGGGGAGUCGAGAUUCGCCGUCGUUGUGGUCUCUAAGAACUACACUGCGUCUUCUUGGUGCCUAGAAGAGCUCAGGAAGAUCAUGUAUUUCGAGAACCAGGGUUCGAUGACGGUGAUACCCAUCUUCUACGACGUGAAUCCGAUGGAUGUGAGGUUUCAGAUUAAGAAAGUCGCUGAACAUUUUGAGAAGCACGAGGCUAGAGAAGAUCAUGAGAAAGUGCUUUCAUGGAGGCGAGCAUUGUGGGAUUUGUCGUAUAUCUCCAGCCCUUGUUCAUGGAAAUGUGAAGAUGAUUUAAAGAUAGUCAACGCAGUUGCUGAAGAUAUAUCAAAUAAGCUGAUGAUUGUGACAAGUAGAACAAUAAGCAAUGGGAGGAACAUAGUGGAGAUUGAUAAACACAUGAAGGAUCUUAACCGUUUAAUGGAUUUGAACUCCAAAAAAGGAUUGAGAAUGGUUGGGAUUUGGGCAAGAGGAUGCAAUGCUAGAUCGGCUCUAGCUAAAUAUGUUUAUCAGACAACUUGUCAACACUUUGAAAGCCAUUGUUUCUUGGGAAACGUGAGAAAGAUUUCUCAGGGUCGCCAUAUACACGUGGAGUUUCAGAAAUGUAUGCAAGGAAAAUACUGGACGAGUUAUCAAAGUCUCAAGACACAAAGGGUUCUGCUCGUGGCAGACGACGUUGAUUCGCUUGAACAGUUACAUGCUCUUAAAGCACAUUUUAGAGACUUUGGUCCGGGGAGUGUUGUUAUCAUCACUACACAAGACAAGCAGCUGUUGAUUUCUUAUGGUAUAAAGCUUGUCCACGAAAUAGAGUUUUUGAGAUUCCACCGAUUGCAUAGUCGAUUCUUCCGAACAUUAGCCUUUAAAAAGAGAGACAUAAAUGCCACGAAAUGUUUUCGUUCGCUCUUUCUUUUCCUUUUAAUAGCUGGAAUGUUUUGGUUGUAUAUGGGGAUGUUUUUUUCAUCAUCUAGACGCAGUAUCUAGAUGCAUUUAUCAACUUUUGUUCAUUUUUCUCA